AAGUGUAAACGCGGUCUUCUUUAAAUAUCGAAACAAAGAUGGCGACCAAUGCUUCAGCUACUUUUACUGCUCUCAACGAAACUAAUUAUAAAACCUUGUUGGGACUUGUAGAGUUUUUUCGGUUAUCUCAGCCACCACGUUUACGAGAGACAAUACAUUGCCUUCAAGCUACAUUGUCAAUAGAAGGAUUGCCACAAAUAGAAAAAGCUAGAUGCAGACUGAAUCUUGCAAAAUUACUUCUUCAACAUACACGAAAUGUAGGACACGCACGUGGACAUCUAGAAGAAGCUCACCAAAUAUCUUCAUAUAUCAAAGAUAUUGAAAGUGAUAAAAUAUUUUUUGAAAGCACAAGUACUUUAGCAACAGUGUAUUCAGAACAGAAUCAAGGCACAUUAGCAAAAAAAAUACUCCAAAAAUCUUUGGAACGGUCAGGCACCUCUCCAUUAAAGAAUUGGCAUUAUCGUUUGAUUUUUCAAUUAUCGGAAGCACAUGCUCAUGAUAAAGAAUUUAGUGUUGCCAUAGAGUUGUUAUCUGCACUUGGUGAAAUUAGAGCUACUGAAAAUAAUCACCAAUAUGUUAGAUUAUUAUAUAUGUUAAGUAAAUGCUUGUUAUUAUUAGCAAAUAAAGAGUUGCCAAAGUUUGAACAGUCAUUGAAUCAAGCAGAAGGUGUAAAAAAAGAUUUUGUUGCACGCACUAAUUCCAUCCAAAGAUGCGAAACUGUAAAAAUAUUUUCUGGCUUUCUCAAGUUAUAUUACUACAUAGUCACAGGAAGGCCAAAAACAGGAAAGGAAGACCUUAAAGAGUUACAGAAAAGUAUUCAAUUGUUAGCAGCAACUCCCGAUGAAGUUACUUCACCUGAUGAUCCAGAAGCAUUUCAUUGGAUGCCAAAAGAUCACUUAUGCAUACUGGUGUAUUUGGUUACCGUAAUGCAUUCAAUGCAUAGUGGUCUCAUGGCCAGAGCUAUUAGGCACACUGAAAAAGCCUUAGCUCUUAUUGAAAAAACAAAAGCUGUUGGUAAUGACAAUCAAAUGACACUAAUAUUUAAUUUAUCUCUGCUGGAACAUGCAGUCAUGUGCAAGAUUGUUCAAGGUCAAGGUGCGCAAGCUAUCCAAGAGGUUGAAAAAGCAUGUAAGAUUUGUUCACUAGACCCUAAAUUGAUGACAUUGAUGAAACCUGUUAUCCAUGCUCUUUUGGGACUGUAUGGAAUGUCAAUGAACUUGAUGGCUGAUGCAGAAGAGCAAUUCAAAAGAGCAUUAUCUCUUUCAAAUAAUCAAUGUGACGUCUACAGUUUGGCAGCAUUGAAUUUGGCCAUUAUAUAUGUUCGAGAAGGUCCUGCAAGAUAUAUGCAGCUACGGCAAUUAUUGGAAGGUGUGGAUUCUGAUUCAGUUGUUCGGUCAAAAAAUCUUCAUUCAUCAUAUUUUUACAUGAUGGGUUUAAAGACCUUUUUCUCUUCAAAGUAUGAUGAUUCUAGAAAGUUUUUACAAGAAAGUAUAAGAAUUGCUAACACUGAAGAUCUAAAUCGAAUGACUGCCUGUGCAUUGAUUUUACUUGGUCACGUUGUAACAUCCUUGCAGAAUCCACAGGAAGCGGUGGGAUUGGUUGUACCAGCUAUGCAAGUAGCUAACAAAAUUCCUGAUGUGUAUUUACAAUUAUGGGCGUCAUCUUUAAUGAAAGAUAUAUAUCAUAUGCUUGGUGAUGUAAACCAUGAACGAGAGGGAGGUCAACUUCAUAACAUGUAUACAACUCAAUUAUUGCAUGACCACUUUACUGCUGGACAAAGACCAGAACAUGCCCUCCUAAAGGAUUUCAGAUGAAUAAAGUUAUUUUGUAUUGGCGACUCAAGUUUUAUUUAUUAUGUUUAUAUUUUAUAUUUUGUAUUUCAAAUGUAUAUUAACAAAAAAUUUUACGAAACAUAAAAUUUCAAAACUUUUGUAUA